CACGCACGCAAUCAGCUGUGGAUAUAGUGCACCGCGAUCGCAGUUUCAUUUGCGCUGCAGCAUCUGGAUGAGAAAACGGAGCUAGACAGAACACGUAUUAUAAGUGUGUCAGUGUCAUUGAUACUUUGAAGACGAUCUGACUGAGUAAACUACAGAAAUGAUGUCUAAUGAAACCAGUGAGAGCAAAGGGUUUCAUUUCAGUGAUUCCUCAACAUGUAUACCUCCAGGUAUCAGAAUGUACAAGAGAGAUCCCCAGAACAGGAUUUUUGUUAACCGUAGCCUGCACCUGCAGAAAAUCAGGUUUUUUGGCUUUGACAUGGACUAUACUCUUGCAUUAUACAAAUCUCCUGAGUACGAGUCCUUGGGGUUCAAUUUGCUGAAGGAACGGCUCGUUUCAAUAGGUUAUCCUGAGGCGAUUCGUGAGUUUGAGUACGAUGCUACAUUUCCAGUUAGGGGCUUGUGGUUUGACAAGACAUACGGAAACUUACUCAAGGUUGAUUCCUAUGGCAACAUUCUUGUAUGUGCACAUGGUUUCUAUUUUUUAAAGCCCCAUGAAAUUGCUCAGCUUUACCCUAAUAAAUUCAUUCAGCUAGAUGAUUCACGCCUCUACGUUCUCAACACUUUGUUCAACCUGCCAGAAACAUACAUGCUGGCAUGCAUUAUUGAUUACUUUGCUACCACCAAGAUAGGUUAUGCUAGGCAAACAGAGGGAAUUGACAAUGGUGACUUGUUUAUGUCUUAUAAAUCCAUCUUCCAAGAUGUCAGGUCCGCUGUGGACUGGGUUCACUUUCAUGGGGAUUUAAAAUCUGAAACUUUGAAGAACCUGGAGAAGUAUGUACAUCGAGAUGCACAACUUCCUCUUUUGCUUAACCGAAUGCGCAAACAUGGUGCCAAGACUGUUCUGAUCACAAACAGUGAAUAUGAAUAUACAGAUAAAAUAAUGGAAUACCUACUUGAUUUCCCAGCUGAGGGUGGAAAUAAGAUGCACUGGAUUUCUUACUGGGACUGUGUUGUAGUGGAUGCCAAGAAACCAUUGUUUUUUGCUGAUGGAACAAUUCUUCGCAGAGUGGACAGGAAAACAGGAGCAUUGCACAUUGGACAUCACAAGGGACCAUUGCAGCAAGGAGAGGUGUAUUCAGGAGGUUCCUGUGAUGUUUUAUCUCAACUGUUGGGUGCCAGAGGCAAAGAUGUCCUCUAUAUUGGUGACCAUAUCUUUGGUGACAUCCUUAAGUCAAAAAAGAUCAAGGGAUGGCGUACAUUUCUGGUGAUUCCAGAAUUAACUCAGGAAGUGCGAGUGUGGACUGAGAAGCGUGACCUUUUCCAACAAGUCACACAGCUGGAAUCAGCCCUUUCAGAUAUUUACAAGUCAUUAAUCAAGCUAAAUAAUGGCAAUGGAAAAAAUAAAGUGGAGAUUCGAUUCCUUGACAGCAGUACUGAGGAAAAACCUGAUAUAAGUAAAAUCCAGCUUUCUCUUCGAGAAGUUGCUCACAAAUUGGAUAUGUCUUAUGGCAUGCUUGGAAGCCUCUUUCGAAGUGGUUCUCGACAGACCUUUUUUGCCGCCCAAGUCAUACGAUAUGCUGACAUCUAUGCGUCAACUUUCCUUAACCUUCUUUACUAUCCUUUCUGUUAUAUGUUUAGGGCCCCGGCAAUGCUGAUGCCACAUGAAGCCACAGUUGACCACAGUUCUACUGCUGAGAACACACCUGUGAUAUUUCGCCAGUCCAUAGAAGAAAAUGGUGUGAAUGAUCAUCCCAGCCCCAAGCGCAGCCGACUUGAUGAUGGGAAGGAUCAUGUUUCACGUCCUAGGCCAUCAAAACCUCGCAAACCAACACAUCAGCAUGAUGAAGACUUUGAUUCUGAUGACUCUGCUGGCUCCAGCAAUACAGGAGAGUCGUGUGAAGAGGAAACCCGAUGCAUGAAAAUAUUGAAUCAGAAAUAAACCUGUAGUUAGUAGUUUCCUGGACAAAUAGGAGGACCUGUACAACACAGCACCUCACCAGGCAUCAGGCCCUCUGAAGAUCAUUACGUGGAAUAGUUAACCAGCUGAAAAUAUUUUAACUGAAAAUUUUAGGAGAUGGUUUACAAGGAAACGAGAUCUGUGGAAAUGUGGACAAUGUGUAAAUGCAUGUGUGUGUUUCUGUGCAUGCAUGCAUCUGAAUUUUGUAGGAGUUAUUUGUGAAUUGUAUUUUCCUACUUCUCUAAAAGUUUUUGUUUUUUUGCUUUUUUUAUAGUAUCAUUUGUACCAUUGAUUGUAUAUUUGUACGUGUAAAAACAUUUUCAGUGCAAUGUCAGACUAUUAUUGAAAAAUUCCUUUGAGAUGUUAAGCUUUCUCAGUUUCCUUAUAUUAAAUAUGUACUCCGUGUUGUAUGCUGGAAACACUAUAAAGCAAAUUAAUUUUUAUUACAUUUUUUAAAUAGUUGAAGUUAUGUGUAUUAUUUAUUUGUUUAUAAAACUUGUAGAAUGAUACUGAUGACUCUUAUUUUUAAUGGCUACAUUCAAACUAUUUUAAGGGAUGCUGGUCCUUCAUGAGCACUUCCAUUCAUUUCACCUAUUUUUAAAUGUGCACAGGGUAGUAAUAAUGUGAUAUGUAUAACACCUUUCCACACCAUCAAAGCACUUUACAGAUACAGUCACAUACAGUAAUAACACGGACGUGUAUAGAUGGAUUGCAGUCUGUCUGCUGAGACCAACACUUAGCCUUUGCAAAGUUCUCCGCUGUUAGCAUCACCAAGCCUAAACAAUGAAUGUUACAAAACCGGAAGCUUUGUAGUCUCAUGCCUUGUUUUAGCUGUUAACUGGAAAAAAAGCGUCUGCAAGCAGUCCAGUAAUACAAGUUCAUGAUAAUAAUAACUGCUUAGGGCACACGGUCAUCAAUUGUGCACUUAGGAAGCAUGAAUUACCUCGAAGUAGUUGAGAAAAUCCAUGGAGCAAGACCCAUGAUAGACAUACUUCUCAUGGGUAAUGCAUGUCCUGUGCAAGCACAUUCAAAAUUUAAAUGUCCUGUGCAAGCACAUUCAAAAUUUAAAUGUGUAUCAAAAAAUGGAGCAACAAAGCACAAGGCCUGUAGAAAGAAAAUGUAAACAGGAUAGAGAAUACAAUUUUUUUCCGUUUGAAUUAACCAAUGUCUGAAUGGAAACUUUUUUAAUGCCUGUCAUAACAAAAGAAUAUAAUAAUGUAUUAGAUAUUGAUCUUGACAAGUUCCUGUAUUACAAUGAAAAUUUUAUAAUGUGGCAAUGAAUUUUAACACUAAGCAGGCAGCACCAAAGUUAAAGAUGAUGAUAGACUCACUGAGACUGGUUGUAAUUCGAUAUUUUAUUUGUUUCAUUGACAGAUAUUUGUCUGUUAGUGACAUACAUUUGCAGCACUUCAGUACAAGGUCCAGAAUUAUUACAGUGCUAGUGUCAGCAGUAAAUGUGUUAAUUGAAAUGUAACAACUGUCACUUUUCAUUUUUCUAGUUAAAAAAGCUGUGAGUGAAAUGUGAUGUUCUUUUAAAACAGAUGUGACUUGUGAUGAUUUCCUAACUAAACAGCUGUAAGUGUUGUGGUCAUUAUUAUUGAUCAUUAAAGUUGAAUCAUUGCAAAACGAUUUUUCAUCCUCAUGAAACUUUUUAACUGAUGUUUUUUAAGUUAGUUGAACUAUUCAAACUUCUCAAUAACUUUUUGAUCUGCAUAAAUUAGAUUCAGACUCAGAUUAUCUCCAAUUUAAAAAUUCUAUUAAAGCAAUACAAAGCAAAAUACAGCUUUUUUUCUAGAGGUCUGGCUUUUUAUCAAGCAUGGUUUUAGUUUUUUUGGUACUGAAAUAAGCAUUAAAAAAAGCAGUUCUAUUAGGGUUUAUGUUGAUUUGAACCGACCCCCUUCCCAAAAUCUUACACCAAAGGAAAAGCAAAAAGAGAAGAAGGGUAAUUUCUCUGAUGGUUUGCUUAGCCAGUAAUCUGGAGGCCUUUCCAGGAACUGUCAGUUAUAUGCAUUUAAAUUUCUUCAGGGGACUGUUUAGAAGCAGUCAUCUACUGUAUAUUGUGAACAAAAUGUAUUUUUACAUUGUUUUUAUCUUUAAGUCCAUGUUUUCAUAUAUUAUGUUGACACCUUGACACAAUGGCACUGCUCUAGUUGUGAUUUUGUUAAUUAAUUAUAAUUAUAGCAUUGUAGUGUUUCUUUAAUACGUAUUUUUUAACACUUGUAUUUGCUUUUGGGGAGGCUCUGUAUCAUUGUGGUUUAUGUUCUAGACUGUGGAGUCAGAGGUUGCUGGAUUGAGCUUGUUGGACCCCAGGAACUGCUUAGUGAUGCUAUGCUUUGAUUAAUCUCAUCAGAUAUAGGUACCUGAUUAUAUUAGGGAAAAUAAAGACAGCUGCAAGAGAGGGCUUCACAUACUGUGCUUUGAAGUACCUGAUUAUAUGAGGGCUUCACAUACUGUAUUCUGAAUUUGAUGAACUACAUCCACUGCCUCUGAGGUCGCGUAUGUGUUUUAUGUAAUGCUUGCUGUAGCACCAUAUAUUUUUGUUGAUACAGGGUCCAGUGUGGUUAUUUGGUAUGCCACAUAUGAACGCUGCUAAGCAGUUUUGCAGAUAAUAAUCAUAUCAGUGAUGUCAGCCAAUCAUUAGUUACCAUGUUGACCCUUCAUCAGUUGUACAUGGGGUCAUCCAGUUCAAUUACAAGUAGUCGUUCACUGUGUGUGUGUGCUUCUGUGUAGUGCAUGUGCACCCUUGUACAUACAGGUGUAAGCAUCCGCUCCUGCCUGGUUGCAUGUGCAUGUGCUUGCAUGCAUAUAGCUGUGCAAAAGUGUUUCAGUGCAGAAAGUAUUUACAUAAAUGCAUGCUCAUGCAUAGUAGCAUGCUUAGUUAGUAACUAUUUAAUAUGCCACAUAAGUCUUUGAAGCACGUGAAGCCUGCAGCAAAAUACACAUGGUGAUGUUCUGACUGGAGGAUUCCUGUAUCUUACUGUAAUCUAUUGCAUUACAGUGGGCCAUGUACAUUAUUGUAGCCUUGGAAGACUGUUUUAAAAUUGUAGGGUACAUAUAUCCUUGUUUUUGAAAGUGCGAAGGCCAGAGAACCAUGCAGACUUUAAUUUAUUGACUGUAUUGUCAGUAUUUGCCUUCCUUGUAAAUGAUUGGAAGUGUAUAAACUGCUGAUUUUGAAAGGUGAGUUCAGUGUGUCGCGCUGUUCAGUUCAAACAGAAAGAAAAAAUGUCACUCGUCUUUCAUGUACCAGCCUGCUGCUUGAUGGAGACCGUAACAUCGCACCCUUGUGACUUUUAGCUAUGAAUGCGAGAAUACAUUUUUUCAGAUUUUUGUCUGUUUAUUAUUCAAUUCUUGUGGGUUGGCCAUGUAGUCUGAAAACAGAUGAUAGUAUUUUCUAAUGUUUUAAUGCACCGUAUUGCAGAUUUGCACAGCGCAUUAACCUAUGCAUUGGCGAUGAGGGACAACAUAUUGAACUGAUAAUGUAAUGACAUUGAACAUAUCAUGUAUCAUAAAUAAACCAGUUAUGUUUA